AUGAAUAAGUUCUUAUUUGACAUGGCCACGAGCGUAUACAACGCCAUCCCCUGUGUGAUCUCAAAAGCGGACGAAAGAUCUGCUCUUUACCGAGUCUGCAACGCCGUUGGGUUUGCUUAUAUGGCCAAUGCAAACCGGUCGAUCGACACUGCCAUCAACCGAUCAAGGGCGUAUGGCGCCGCCCUCGCGGCCAUACAUUCGGCCGUGCGUGGCCCUCAACAACGCAAGAGCGACGAUACCCUAUUAGGAGUCUGGCUAUUGAGCCUGUACGAGCUCCUCUUGGGUGCACGAGAAGGCGUCAAUGCUGCGGCCGAAUAUUCAGGGUGGGAUAUCCAUAGCCGCGCGCUGACCGAGUUGAUUCGCCUGGGUGGUACAGAGCGUUUUGCUAGGCGCGAUGGGCGGAAUGUGUUCUGGAUUGUCUAUAAUACUGUGCAAAUCCAAGCCCUUUUAACUGGCCAGGAGUGUCCCAAAGAGAGCUGCAUAUGGAUUCGUGAGGUCUACGCCCAUUGUGACCGAUCCGAACAUACAGUAGUUCGAGCCAGCAUUUUCGCCUACCACUGCAGCCAUAUUUGCAGCCGUAUUCGACGACUGAUCAGCGCAGGCGAUCUUGACAAGCUGCUAUCGAGUUCAGCGUUAAUCCUGCGAGAUAUUGACGGAGUGGAGAAAGCAGCGUAUCCUUUAUCGCAUGAGAGGCCUAUCACGGAUUGUGUUAUAGACCCGCCAUUGACACCUUACACGGCCCCGUCUCGCAUAAACUUGCGUUAUGUCGGCGUCUAUACCUACCAAAGCAACUGCAGGAUGCAACUCUCGUGCAAUGCCAAGGAAUUCCUGCUGCACGCAUCCAGAGCAGCUUCUUGUACGCCUCAGCAGCGAAUUCUCUUCGCCCAAUAUCAAGAUCGCUGCGUUGAAGAAUUUCGAUCUGUUGCGAACAAAGUCUUGAUCGUCAUGAUUACGGUGCUCGAUAUCGACUUUCUUACCAUAUUCGAUCCACUCAAGGGACCAGGGCACGUCAAGAACUUGUCUCGGCUUGUCGACUGGCCGGACGCAAUCCGUGUACUGUGGCCGGUGGUUCAGUGGCCGCUACGAUUGAUUGCCGCAUCUCCUCUGUCUUUAGACUGGCAGAGAAGCGCGGCAAACGAGAUCUUGAACUCGAUGAAUGAGCAACUCGGGAUUAUGCGAUCCUUGGGAACUCUGUAUUCCUCGGGCAUGCAUGUUCCCUAG